UUGCAUUCUGGGAAAUCCGGAUUGUUUCUCGCCGAGAAAAGAUGGCAGACGUGCGGCCGCCACCCCUCCGGAGCCUGGACGACUUUGUGCUGAGCUCGGCCCGGUUCGCGGUCCCGGACGUGCGCGAUGUGGAGCGCUGGAACAACCGCGUCAUCAACAACCUGCUGUACUACCAGAGCAACUACCUGCUGUGGGCGGGGGGCUUCCUGCUGCUGCUGGGGUAUUUCCGGCCCUUCCAGAUGUUCGUCGGGGCCACGGUGGUCACCUUGUUGUUCCUGGGCUUUGUCUGGGCUGCGGAGAACCAAGCUCCCAUCCGCCGUUUUCGUAGAAACCAUCCAUUAAUCUGUCUGCUGGCCAUUCUUCUGGCCAGCUACCUGUUCAUAUCGGUGCUGGGAGGAGUGGCUGUGUUCCUGUUCGGGAUAGCCUUCCCUGUGCUGAUGGUCCUCAUCCACGCCUCAGUGAGGCUUCGUAAUCUGAAGAACAAACUGGAGAACAAACUGGAGAGCAUCGGUCUGAAGAGAACACCCAUGGGACUCCUGCUGGAGGCUCUGGGACAGGAGCAGGAGGCCGGAUCCUAGAGGAGGAGGAGGAGGAGGAGGAGGAGGAGGAGGAGGAGGAGGAAGGAGGAGGAGAUGGAGGACGGAUCCUAGAGGAGGAGGAGGAGAUGGAGGACGGAUCCUAGAGGAGGAGGAGGUGUUCAGGUGAAGGAUAGGAGGAGAAAUGCAGGUGAAGACAGGUGAGAGAUGAAAGCAGAAUAAGAACUUUACUGCAGGAGGAGGAGAAGGCUGUGGUUUGGUUUGUUAACUGAUCUGAACUCGGAAGGAAAAGGACUGAAGUUCACAUAAAAUACUAAAUUCUUUCUGGUGUGUUUUUGCUCUUAAAGCUCUUCGCUGUUCCAGGUGUUCAUGGUGAGAAGUGCCAUAACUUCAUGUCUAUUUAUUUCUGUAUUUGGAGAAUAAAGUUGGGAUUUUAAAAGAAAAAGAUGUGAUAUUAGAAGAAUUAAGUUUUACUAAACAGCUUCUUCUGCUGCAGCAUAAAGUCAUAAAAUCUGCUUUAGUUUGAUCCUCAGUUAACAUCAAUUAAUGCUUUUCAGUUCAGUUUCCUAAAAUCUGUGAGAAUAAAACGACUAUUAUUGGUAAAAACCUGCACAUUAAUGUCAUCCAGGUCAUUCUCUUCAACAUUAAAGCUGCCUGCUCUAUUUACUGUGAUGAAAUAUUGAAAAGUGUAGUUAUUUUACUAAUUAAUUCUCACAAUAGUCUGACUUUGCUAAAAUAUAAUAUAUAUAGAUACCAAGAAUGUUUUCUUGUGAAGUUGCAAUUUUAUUUAUUUAUUUUAAUUUCAAAUAAUAGCCUUUUAAAAAUGUUUUUCUCAUAAAAAAUACAACUUUAUUCCCAAUUUUACCACAUUUUCCUUCCUCUUAUUUUUAAUAUUACAUCUUUUGCUAAAUAAAACACAGAUUUAUCUCAUAUUGACAGCAAAUUUUAUUCUAGGAAAGUUUCUUUAUUUCUCAUAAAAUUAAAUCUUUUUAUUUGGAAACUGAAACAAUGUACAUUAUGUAUCAAAUACAUGUAAUGUAUUUAUUCUAUAACUUUGUCUUAAAAAACAAACAAUGCAUUUUCCAUAAAUAUUACCACUGUUUGCUCACAGAAUUACAAAAUAAUGAGAUUUUCUUGUAAAAGUGCAGCCUUAUUAUUUAGUAUUGCUUUAUUUUGUCUGACAGUCAAAAGCCAAAGCGUCAACACUGCACCAGAUGCAGCAGUUGUACGAAUAUUAAGAUUUUUAUUUCCGUGACAGAAUCAUGUGGAACCACAGUGUGACUUUUAAGGAAACAGACGACCGUUCACAAGUGUGGGGUCACUUAGAAAUGUCUUAUUUUUGAAAUAAAGGAGCAUUUUUUUGGUCAGUGAAGAUAGCAUUAAAUGAAUGAUAAAUCCAGUGUAGACAUAGUUAAUGUGGUAAAUGACUAUUCUAUCUGUAAAACAGCUGAUUUUUAAUGGAAUAUCUCCAUAGGGGUACAGAGGAACAUUUCCAGCAACCAUCACUCCUGUGUUCUAAUGCUACAUUGUGUUAGCUAAUGGUGCUGAAAGGCUCAUUGAUGGUUAGAAAACCCUUGUUUAGUUAUGUUAGCACAUGGAUGAAAGUGGGUGAUCCCAAACUUUAGAACAGUCGUGUUUGUCUGCGCUCUUUAUUUAAGAUUCUUUUUAGUCAUUUUUGCAUUCAUUCAUACGAUGCAGUGUAGAGAAGACAGGACUUGUGGGUGAAGACAGCAGGGAGCGGCUGUAGUGAAGGUCUGGAAGCUGAAAUGUGUGUGAUGGUGUUGGCAUCCGAUGUCUGGUCGGCCCAACAUGUCUGUACUGUUGAUGCAGGAGAAUACAGGACAACAGGUGGAACCAAAACACCCACAAAUGUAGUGGAAAGGCAUACAAAACCUAAGCUUGUGUUCUUCAUACCUCCCUCCAAUGUGCAUGAGGAGUAACUGAAACCAUCUCACCGCAUUGGAGGACUUCCUUUGAUUGUUUAAAUGGUUUUAGCUGAGCGCUGCUUGCUACCUUCAACACAACUCCCUUAUCAUUUAGUGUUUACUGUAUUUGGUCACACUGAUCUUAACCCUCCUGUUGUCCUCAUUUACGAGCAAAAGAAUGAUUAAAAAUCUUCCAAAAAAAAUCCUAAAAAUACCUAAAGCGAUUACAUGUACAUCAGUAAAACUUCUAAUGUUUUCUUUAUGAAUUUUGCUGGAUUUUGGUUGACUUUUUUGUGAAUAUUCUUAAAGAAACAUUUUUAACAUUUUUUUUUUUCCAUCAAAAAAUGUUCAAAGGUUUCCCACAAAUGUUGAAAAUGUGGACAUCAGAAGUUUCACUGUGAAAAUUAAUAUUUUUCCACAUUUUCAAACUUUAAAACGGGUCAGUUUGACCUGCAGGAUGACAUGAGGGUUAAAGAGGUGCAGUUAGAAGGUGUUUUAUGAAGAACAAGUUGAGAACAAAUUAACUUCAUGUAGGAAUCCUUGCUGAGACUCGAUGGGAUCAGAUGUGAUUCUGGUUUAAACUGAUCCUUUUCCUCGUUUCCAAGCCAGAAUUAAAGGCUUCACCCUCAGAGCUGAACUUUUCCGCUGCUGGUCGGUGGAUCUGCAACCAGGAAAAGCAAAUGAAUAACUCUGAAUCUCCUCUUAAUUCCUUUAUAACUUAAACUUUUGUUACCACCAACAACCACUAACCAGUACGGCCCGUUGGUUGCCGUGCCAACGCUUGUGGUGUGUGUAUUUUUGCAGUUUUCCUCCUUGUAAUUUGCUCCGUUUUUAGCCAUGCUAGCCAUGAACGGUCGGUCUGCUGCUUCGGUCCAGACUGAAACAUCUCCACAGACUGCAUGGAUCGCUGUGAAGCUUGGUUCAGCCUUUUGCACUUAAAUGAUCUCACUUAUGGGAUGUCACAUUCAGACUCGGCUGCACUGGAUUAGUUCCAACAGUGCUGCAGCUAAGGGUGUCUUUUGGUGUUUUUGAAAAUAAUGCAGCCUUUUCCUUGGAAAUAAAGCACAGUGCUUGAUUUUGGAAGAUUUAGGAGAUACAUUUAGCAGCUUCAUUCAUGUGGUGUCAUCAGGAAAACAAGAAAAACAUUCAUUUUUCUGCCUGUAUUCUCCUGUGGUUUGUGUUUUGUAGUCAAACCAGACAAAAGCCCAGAUUUGAAGCUUUCAUAUGAAGUGCAACCAGAUAGAAACUCCUGUAAAAUGGUCUGAAUGGACUUUACUGUGUUUUUUGGGCUUUAGUUUGCAGUACGUGGCCGUUGGAGGCACAGGAAGUAGAAUAUUGUUGUUAUUCAUGUUUGUAGGAAUGGCUUUGUGUUUUUGAAUUAAGUUUCUUGUCAAAGUUCUGGUUUCACUACAAUCGUUAAACAAAUAACAUUCCCAUCAGCCCCAGCUGUUUCUGCUAGCAAAUGUUAGCAUACUGAGAUGCUAAAUUGAGAACAAACAGGCUGAACAUUAGCUGCUAGCGCCGCCGUGCCUGAAGCCUCACCGAACUGCUAGCUUGGCUGUACACUAUUGUUCAAUGCACUCUGUAGACACGUUACCGGAUCGAAACCCGGGAACUAAAAUAGUAGCUUGUACCAGGUUCUAAUGGAAAACCUCACAAACCCAGUAAAGUCCAGUAGGUGGUAAAGCUCCAUUCAUGUCCUGCUUGUAGACUUGAUGUUGACGUGCUGUUCUUCAGAUGGAUAAAAUGCACUUCUGUUUUGUUCUAUAAGAGAAAGUAAAACACUACCAGGAAGGAAAGUUCAUUUCUGCAGUCACAAUAAAGACUUUUGCACUUUUGUAUUCAUCACAUUGAAGGUAUUUAACCAGUUGCAAGCUGUAUUAUUGUAUUCCAGCUGCCUGCUAUGGGGACCGUGCAUUAUAUAUCUGGUACUGUUCAUUGGGAGCCAGUUACAAACAUCUGGAGGUGCCUGUUUGGGACUCUGAAGUUAUUUUCGUUCCUCCUGACCAAUGUCUUAAUCUAAGUUCAUGAACCUGCUUCCAGGUUUGCUCUACACUUAUUUUAUCUGAAGCAUUUAUGAAGCAGCUGAGGAUGCCAGCUUCUUGUAUUUCUGCUUCUUAAUCGUGUUGUUUAAAGACUUUGUCCAUUUAUUCUGUCUUGUCUGAAGCACCGUGUUGCUUUCUGGAUGGUGGUUGAUGAAGACGUUCUGUCAGAUGACUCUCUGACCACCAGAGCCUCCUCCACUAUUACUGCUUUCAUAACACGAGGAAAAAUGCUUAAAUCUGAACACUAAACUCUGAAAAUCUUGCAUUGUAAGCUGCAGGACUACAUUUACCUGAUUCACAGGUGAUGGUUCUGAUUGUUUAUCUUUGUUUCUCUGAUGUCAUGUCUUUGACUGUUUUGCCAAAUGCUGAUCAUUUUUUCUAAAUAAAAGAGGUCUCAACUCUAA